AUUUGACAACAAGUUGCUAUGUUGGAUAGUUGAGGAGAUAUUGGACAAUAAGUUGCGCCACAAGUUUUUUACUGCACUAUAGUUUGGGUUUAUGGUAAUCUACGUAACAUAUAUGUAUGCAGUGAUAGUUCGCUUGGGUUCACAGUAAUUUACAUACAUAUUAUAUAUACGCAGUGAUAGUUUGAGUUUACAGUAAUCUACGUACAUAUAUAUGUACGCACAGAUACAGUUUGGGUUUACGGUAAUCUACCUACUUAUAUAUGUACGCACAGAUCCAGUUUGGGUUUACGGUAAUCUACGUACAUAUAUAUAUGUACGCACAGAUACAGUUUGGGUUUACGGUAAUCUACGUACAGAUCCAGUUUGGGUUUACGGUAAUCUACCUACUUAUAUUGACUCAGUUCUGCUUUUAUGAAAGAAACUUUUCCCACGGACACGAUUCAGUGCCGUAACAAAAUGUGAAACUUUUCAACAAGAAUAUUCUUAGCAUCAUGUAGACCUACACUUUCUGGUUGUUUGUGGCACUCAUCAUGACUCAUGUACACAGAACUUUGGACUAUUGAAUGUACUCAGAACUUUGGACUAUUGAAUGUACACAGAACUUUGGACUAUUGAAUGUACACAGAACUUUGGACUAUUGAAUGUACACAGAACUUUGGACUGUUGAAUGUACACAGAACUUUGGACUAUUGAAUGUACUCAGAACUUUGGACUAUUGAAUGUACUCAGAACUUUGGACUAUUGAAUGUACACAGAACUUUGGACUGUUGAAUGUACACAGAACUUUGGACUGUUGAAUGUACUCAGAACUUUGGACUAUUGAAUGUACACAGAACUUUGGACUAUUGAAUGUACACAGAACUUUGGACUGUUGAAUGUACACAGAACUUUGGACUGUUGAAUGUACACAGAACUUUGGACUAUUGAAUGUACACAGAACUUUGGACUGUUGAAUGUACACAGAACUUUGGACUGUUGAAUGUACACAGAACUUUGGACUAUUGAAUGUACACAGAACUUUGGACUGUUGAAUGUACUCAGAACUUUGGACUAUUGAAUGUACACAGAACUUUGGACUGUUGAAUGUACACAGAACUUUGGACUGUUGAAUGUACUCAGAACUUUGGACUAUUGAAUGUACACAGAACUUUGGACUGUUGAAUGUACACAGAACUUUGGACUGUUGAAUGUACACAGAACUUUGGACUGUUGAAUGUACUCAGAACUUUGGACUGUUGAAUGUACUCAGAACUUUGGACUGUUGAAUGUGUAUACAGAACUUUGGACUAUUGAGGGCCAAGAGCUCUCCAGUCUUGUAUCUUCUGAUUCAGACAUUUUCUCUGUGAACCAAUCUGUGUAUCUGGCGCCAUUUGCCUUUUUUCUGAAAAUGGAAAUGUUGGAAGUUUUUAAAAAAACCUUGUUGUUUAUAGUAAAUAUGAGAUGGUUCUUUUUCCCGGCUGGGAACUUGGCUGUACUGUCAGUGGUCAGACGUUGUUCUACUGUACUGUCAGUGGUCAGACGUGUCAGACAUUGUUCUACUGUACUGUCAGUGGUCAGACGUUGUUCUACUGUACUGUCAGUGGUCAGACGUGUCAGACGUUGUUCUACUGUACUGUCAGUGGUCAGACGUUGUUCUACUGUACUGUCAGUGGUCAGACGUUGUUCUACUGUACUGUCAGUGGUCAGACAUUGUUCUACUGUACUGUCAGUGGUCAGACAUUGUUCUACUGUACUGUCAGUGGUCAGACGUGUCAGACAUUGUUCUACUGUACUGUCAGUGGUCAGACGUGUCAGACGUUGUUCUACUGUACUGUCAGUGGUCAGACGUGUCAGACAUUGUUCUACUGUACUGUCAGUGGUCAGACGUUGUUCUACUGUACUCGACACACCGACACAGGGGUUCCGACCGCCAGCCGUUGGGAGCGACUUGCCGGAGAUAAAGAGUUAAAUCAGCUGCGCCACAAAGGAGAAAAAUCUGACAGUAGAUCUACGAGAGCUGACUCAGUGGGCAGCCGGCACUUGGAGGGUGAAGUACCCAGUGACAAAGGCCUGAUUAUUUGUUACGGACAUUUCCUGCUUCCUGUCAAAACCUGCAGCUCAUGA